AUGCUCCUCCCGCGACGAAUCGCGGCUGCCGCGCGGCCGCCGCGCCAAUUAUCACGCCGCGCACGGUUAACGAUCGGCUCCUCUCCCCUUGGGAACAACAGGACCUGCCGGCCCUACGCCACGGAAGCCGCCUCCACUGCGACCCAGCCGGCGACCCAGCAGGAGGAUGUCGCCGUCGAGCCGCCGACGCCGCCGCAGGCAAAGACACAACCCGCCGCUACGACGAAGAGCUCGAAAUUCGCCAAGCCCGGGAUAGCCGCCAAGUCUGCUCCCGCCGCGGCGACGGACUCGUUCACCUCCGCUGCCGGCAGGCGGAAAAUGGCCCUGCCGCCUCCCCACAUACAGUACGAGGCCAAGACGAUAGCCCACUCCAUGGACGAGAAUGCGGAUGCGGCGGCCUCCCAGAAGGACGCGAAUGGCGCGCCUCUCAUCAACUGGGCGAACAGCUUCCAUGGCGUCUCGUUCAAGCCGGUGUCGGAGGAGCAGUUCAAGGUGCUCAUGCAGCCCCUCGACGAGAGGGACAUCGAGGUCAAGCCGGACGGCAUCAUCUACCUCCCCGAGAUCAAGUAUCGGCGUCGGCUCAACGAGGCCUUUGGCCCCAUGGGAUGGGGCAUGAUCCCCAAGGAGGCCCCCGUGGUGGGCGACUCGGUCGUGACGCGCGAGUACGCCCUCGUCGCUGACGGACGGUUCGUCUCCCAAGCCCAAGGCGAAAACGGCUUCUUCAGCCCCGAACAGCUGCCCUCCGCCGUCGAGGGCUGCAAGUCAAACGCACUCAUGCGCUGCUGCAAGGACCUCGGCAUAGGCUCCGAGCUCUGGGACCCGCACUUCAUCCGCUGGUUCAGGAAGACGCGCAUGGAAGAGGUCUGGGUCGAGCACCAAGUCACCAAGAAGAAGCGGACGCUCUGGUACCGCAAGGGCGAAGUGGAAGUCGCGUAUCCAUACAAGCGGACCAGAUAG